GGUUCUUCACUCAGGAAGGCCAGGAGCGCGCGGCGUUCUUUGAGUCCGGAGGCGCUAGUUGGGUCGGAGAGAAUCUCUGCGGUAAUAUCUGACAGUUACUCGCUAUUAACUGGAGUAGAGAAUAAAAGGAGCCUCGCCUCUUUUCCCUUCCCUGCCAGGCAGGCGUGAUGGCAGGAACUGCGGCGACGGGCGCCAGCGGGGAGGCGAUGGCGGCGGCGACAGAAGGCUCCGCGGGUCCGGCGGGCUUAUCUCUGGGUCGGGGCUUCUCGAGCUACCGGCCCUUCGAGCCCCAGGCGUUGGGCCUCAGCCCGAGCUGGCGGCUGACGGGCUUCUCCGGCAUGAAGGGCUGAGGUUGCAAGGUCCCCCAGGAGACUCUGCUCAAACUCCUGGAGGGACUGACGCGGCCGGACGAGCGGCACCCGCUGGGCCGGGGCCUGGUCGGAGGCCACGAAGAGGCGGCCCAGGAAGCCAGCCUGCCGGUCAGGGCGGAAUCCAGCCCAACCUUUCCAGCCCUGGGCAUUGGGAUGGACUCCUGCGUCAUACCCCUGAGACACGGAGGCUUGUCACUGGUGCAGACCACGGACUUCUUUUACCCCUUGGUAGAAGAUCCCUACAUGAUGGGGCGCAUAGCUUGUGCCAACGUGCUAAGUGACCUCUAUGCCAUGGGCAUUACUGAAUGUGACAACAUGUUGAUGUUACUCGGCAUCAGCCAGAAUAUGACUGAAGAGGAACGAGAAAAGAUAACCCCAAUGAUGAUCAGAGGCUUCCGGGAUGCUGCUGAGGAGGGAGGGACUGCAGUGACUGGUGGACAAACCGUGGUAAACCCUUGGAUUAUCGUGGGUGGGGUUGCCACUGUGGUGUGUCAGCCAAAUGAAUUCAUAAUGCCUGACAGUGCAGUUGUUGGGGAUGUGCUCGUGUUAACCAAACCCUUAGGAACCCAAGUUGCUGUUAAUGCCCACCAAUGGCUAGAUAAUCCUGAAAGAUGGAAUAAGAUAAAGAUGGUGGUCUCCAGAGAAGAGGUAGAGCUGGCCUAUCAGGAAGCCAUGUUCAAUAUGGCUACCCUAAACAGAACUGCUGCUGGGUUAAUGCACACAUUUAAUGCCCAUGCAGCCACAGAUAUCACAGGCUUUGGCAUUCUAGGACACUCCCAAAACCUUGCAAAACAACAAAGAAAUGAGGUGUCCUUCGUCAUUCAUAAUCUGCCAAUCAUUGCCAAGAUGGUUGCCAUCAGCAAGGCCAGUGGGCGGUUUGGGCUCCUUCAAGGAACCUCAGCAGAAACUUCUGGGGGAUUACUGAUUUGUUUGCCAAGGGAACAGGCGGCUCGCUUUUGUUCUGAAAUCAAAUCUUCCAAGUAUGGAGAGGGACACCAAGCAUGGAUCGUCGGCAUUGUGGAAAAGGGAAACCGGACUGCCCGGAUCAUUGACAAGCCUCGAGUUAUUGAGGUCGUACCUCGUGGGGCCACUGCUGCUGCUCUUGCUCCGGACAAUUCCAGUGCCUCCUCUGAAUCUAGCUUGUGAGAUGGAAUAGCAGAAGUUGUCUGGACCUUAGAGCCUUUGAACACAAUCAUGAAUGAUUCUCAAGAGUUAAUUUUAAGAAGGAAUUUCCAAAGAAGGCUACCUGCAUAGUAGUUCCACAGUUGCCCUUUCUAGGUAAUUUGAAUCAGCCCAUCAUAAGCUGCACAUUCCAAGACCAGAAGUAAUAUUUGGACUUUGGCGUGUUUGUGUGGGGGGGUGGUUGUUCAACUCUUGCAUAAAAAAGCAGAAAAAUCUCUUUCCUCUUUCCAAUGGCAAAUGAAGCUAUUCUGGUUUGAGAGAUUUUUCUUGGCACUGGGUUGAUUAAUUUGCACAGGGAGUGAGACUGUAUGUUAAAAUUACAUACAUACCAAAAAAAGUAAAUUGUAAAAAAAAAAAAAACUUAGAAGCAAACAAAUUUGGACCAAUACUGUUGAUAAAUAUAAAUUGUUAAAAAAAGAUCUUAUGAUACAAUGCCAAAUUCUUUACUAGAUUUUUCUGAAAUACUGUCUCUUUCCUGCUCUGGACAAGAAUUGAGCAGCUUGUCCAAUGACUGGGAAAGGAGGACGGCAACCAUCUGCCUUGGUCUCUGUUAAUGAUGUCUCUCCCUCUAAACCCCUUUAAGGACUGGGAGAGGCAGAGCAAGUCUCAGAGUCCAGGCCUUGAUGGUCAUUAAGAUGUUAAAUCUUGUGCUGAAAAUUCCUGGUGAUUUAAUAAAGUAAUUUCUAGUGAAAUAAAUAAAAAGGACUUUGUUGAAAAUU